CUGCGGCGGGAGGCGUGUUGGCUGUCGCAGAGUCCUCUGGGAGUUGUAGUCCGCGAAGGCGGGAGGUUUGACUGCGGCUGCCGGCUUGGUGCUCUUAGAACUCCAUCCCCCGCCGGCCCCCGCGACCUAGGCCUUUGCCUUUUCCUGUCCAGGGAACCAAGAAGCCUCGCUGUGGCAAGUUGAGAAGCUUGGGGAAGGGGUGUCCUCCUUGCCGCCAAACGCUCUGAGCUUCUGGGCUUGGCCUGCUCAGGACUGACUUCUUAAGUACUUAGAGUCUGAGAAAAAUGGCAAAUAUGGAUAGUGAUUCUAGGCAUCUUCUCAUCCCUGAGGGAGAUCAUGAAGUAAAUUCUGGACCUAUGAAUAUCCAGUUUGAUUCAUCAGAUAUAAGAUCUAAAAGGCCCUUCUAUAUAGAGCCCACAAACAUCGUCAAUGUGAAUGAUGUCAUUCAGAGGGUUAGCGACCAUGCCUCUGCCAUGAACAAGAGGAUUCAUUACUACAGCCGGCUCACCGCUCCUGCAGACAGGGCACUGAUUGCCCCAGAUCAUGUAGUUCCAGCUCCAGAAGAGUGCUAUGUCUAUAGCCCAUUGGGUUCUGCUUAUAAACUUCAAUGUUACACUGAAGGAUAUGGUAAAAAUACCAGUUUAGUAACCAUUUUUAUGAUUUGGAAUACCAUGCUGGGAACAUCUAUACUAAGUAUUCCUUGGGGCAUAAAACAGGCUGGGUUUACUACUGGAAUGUGUGUCAUCAUGCUGAUGGGCCUUCUAACACUUUAUUGCUGCUACAGAGUAGUGAAAUCAAGAUCUAUGAUAUCAUCAGUGGAUACCACUACCUGGGAAUAUCCAGAUGUCUGCAGAUAUUAUUUUGGCUCCUUUGGGCAGUGGUCAAGUCUUCUUUUCUCCUUGGUAUCUCUCAUUGGAGCAAUGAUAGUGUAUUGGGUGCUUAUGUCUAAUUUUCUUUUUAAUACUGGAAAAUUUAUUUUUAAUUUUAUUCAUCACAUUAAUGAUACAGACUCUAUACCGAGUACCAACGAUAGCGACCCUGUGAUUUGUCCAAGUGCCAGGAGCAGUGGCCAUCCUGACAACAGCUCUAUGAUUUUCUACGCCAGUGACUCAGAACUCCAACAGUUUGAAAAGUGGUGGAAUAAGUCCAAGACAGUGCCCUUUUACCUCAUAGGGCUCCUUCUGCCACUGCUUAAUUUCAAAUCUCCUUCAUUUUUUUCAAAAUUUAACAUCCUAGGCACAGUGUCCGUUCUCUACUUGAUUUUUCUUGUCACUUGGAAGGCUAUUCGCUUGGGAUUUCAUUUGGAGUUUCAUUGGUUUACACCAACAGAAUUUUUUGUCCCAGAGAUAAGAUUUCAGUUUCCACAACUGACUGGGGUGCUUACCCUUGCUUUCUUUAUUCAUAAUUGUAUUAUCACACUCUUGAAGAACAAUAAGAACCAAGAAAAUAAUGUGAGGGACUUGUCCAUUGCUUAUAUGCUGGUGACAUUAACUUAUCUCUAUAUUGGAGUCUUGGUUUUUGCUUCAUUUCCUUCACCACCAUUAUCCAAAGAUUGUAUAGAGCAGAAUUUUUUAGACAACUUCCCUAGCAGUGACAUCCUGUCCUUCAUUGCAAGAAUAUUCCUGCUGUUCCAGAUGAUGACUGUGUAUCCACUCCUAGGCUACUUGGCUCGCGUCCAGCUAUUGGGUCAUGUCUUCGGUGACGUUUAUCCUAGCAUUUUCCAUGUGUUGAUUUUUAAUCUGUUUAUUGUGGGAGCUGGAGUGAUCAUGGCCUGUUUCUACCCAAACAUAGGAGGAAUCAUAAGGUAUUCAGGAGCAGCAUGUGGCCUGGCCUUUGUAUUCAUAUAUCCAUCUCUCAUCUAUAUAAUUUCCCUCUACCAAGAAGAGCGUCUCACGUGGCCUAAAUUAAUCUUACAUGUUUUCAUCAUUAUUUUGGGCCUGGCUAACCUGAUUGUUCAGUUUUUUAUGUGAAAUAGUCAACUGCCUUCUCAAGAUCUUUCAUGGUAUUUUGAACUUUGACAACGGUUCCACAUAAAUUCACUUGUAAACACUGUUCUUGCCAUGGCUAUAAAUGUUUUCCUAAGGUCAUUUGAUAACAAGGAAAUAAGGGUCCAUUAGUCAGUAAUUAUUAUUAGAGUGGGGAAAUGGGCAGUAAGAGUGGUCUUAAUCUCCUUACCUUUCUCAUAUUCACUCAUCUCUUCAUUCUCACUGUCUUUUCCAAGUGGAAACGUAUGCCUCUAGGAAAAAUCAUGCUAGGUUUUACUUUUAGAAAUGUUAAGUUGGGUAGGUUUAUUUUGGCUACAAUAAAGAUUCUCAGGGUGUCACAGCAACUGUAUUGCCAGAUCCCAUUUCUGUUUCAGUGAUUCAGUUUCAUUUUAUUACUUGCUAGAUCAUUUCUGCAGUUUGCCCAAACCUUUACUGUUUUGGACAGUAAACCAAAUACCUCAUUUUUAAAAAGUCUCCAUGACAUCAGUGUUAGUAGAGAGAAUUCUUAUGUGAGUCCUUAAUAUCUGUUUUUAAAACAGGAAAAAAAAAAUCUACAAUGUCAAUACAGACCCCAUGGUUGUGAAACUUAUACAAAAUAAAGGAACUAGGAGAGUUUGUUGCAGUCUGACUCCUCUUUGUUUCUGAUCCAGUUCUAGUUCCCCAGCCCCAGUUUGCAUAGGAACAGGUAUGGUUGUCCCCCAAGACCCAGUGGGCUCUUUUGCUUUUUUUGGAUCCCUGAGGAUUGCAUAGGAUGUGAUGACUGGACCAAUGAGGAAGAGUGUAGGAAGCAUGGAAGCGAGAGAUGUAUAAGGUGUUAAGGGAAUAGAGAGGAGUCAGAAGGAGUGAGACCUCCGUAAAAGUGUAUUCUUUGCAGGGGGUGAAAGUGAUUUCUUCAACACAGGAAAGGAUUACUUCUGUUUAAAGUAUGACCUCCAGAAGGAGACCACCCACACACAGCUUACUUCUAUAAUUGGCAAUGUGAAAGUAUUAGGUGCUCAGUCAUGUCUGACUCUUUGCAACCCCAUGGACUGUAGCCUGCCAGGCUUCUCUGUCUUUGGAAUUCUCCACGUAAGAAUACUGGAGUGGGUUGCCAUUCAAUUCUCCAGGGCAUCUUCCUGACCCAGGGAUCAAACCUGGGUCUCCUGCACUGCAGGCAGAUUCUUUACCACCUGAGCCACCAUGGAAGUAAUUGACAGGGUAGAGGUUAAAUCCCCAUAAGAAAAACUACUUGGAUCUGAGAAAAGGAUUAGGGAAUCUAAAUUCUUGUAAUUAAAACUUCUCUUUUCCUUUCAAACUAAAAGUUAAACCAAAAUCCAAAUCCAUGUCUUCCAUGUAAUGAAACCUCUAUGUUCAGCUGGAAAAGGUAGAUUUCUCUGAUUUUAUGGUCACAUCAAACAGUAUUGUGUUAAUACACAAUUCCAAAAUAGUGCCUAAAUUUGUUAUUUCCUUCCUACGAGAAAAACAGAUGAAAUGGUUUUUUAAACCUGGUAAAGAGCCCCAGUUUCAAGACCAGCCGUUCUUUCGUUCAGCAGAGGUUUCUGUCUAGUCCACAAACCUGUACCUAUAAUGAUGACCUAUAUUGCCUAAGCAUUAGUCACUCAGUAGUGUCUGACUCUUUGCAACCCCAUGGACUGUAGCCUGCCAGGCUCCAAUCUCCAUGGCAUUCUCCUGGGCAAGAAUACUGGAGUGGGUAGCCAUUUCCUUCUCCGAGGGAUCUUCCUGACUCAGGUGUUGAACCUGAGUCUCCUGCAUUGCAGGCAGAUUCUUUACCAUCUGAGCCAUUAAUAUACCAUAUAUUACCUAAGCUCUUUUUUAAAAAGUCUGUUUAUGAAAAUUCUCCAACAUACAUGAAAGUAGAAAAAAAAUUACAAAUUCCUCAUAUACUCAUCCCCUACAUUUAGUACAAUAAUUAUAAGACUUUGCCAUUGCUCACCUAUCCCCCAGUUUUUCUUUUCCACUGAAACUUUCUAAAGUCAAUCUUGGAAGUUAUGUCAUUUCAUCUCUAUAAACCUUAAUAGGCACUAAUAGCCUCUUGAACAUAGUUAUGUUUAUUGAAUGAGACGGUUUUUCUAAAGUUUUUGUUUGUUUGUUUUUAGCAAAAACUGCUGGUAGAUUUUAAGUAAUUAGAAAAAUCUACAUUAAAUAUCUGGAUCUUUGUGUUACCUCUCUCAGAACAGGAGUAUAAGAUGGGAGAAAGUGUGUCUGCACCUCAGCAUCUUUGUAACUUGAGAGUUUUGUUCAGUCGGAGACACAGGAAUCAAAAACCAGACCUUGAGAGAUCCCCGUUUAUCCCGAGUUUCCUCCCUUGUCUUUAAAAACAUGAGAGACAAACUUGCAUUGCCUUUUUUCAAUGAUGUUAAAACACUGGAAUGUUUUAGCACAUAGAAAAAAUGAUUUGGUAUGUUUUUCCCAUUUAAUAAAGUGAAUAUGAAAAUGAAUAUAUUAUUUAUUAAACUAAAAACCAAUGUGGAUAUUUGCUUUUUGUUUUCUUUGAGAGAUUUGCUAAUUCAGAACUUCCAAAAUCCUAUGUUAGAUUUAUGCUGAGUGACUUUGCCUCCUUAGGUUUUUCUUCACAAAACCAGCCCCUUUGGCCUGGUGAUUAGCUUGGUUGGAACACUGUGUGAGUCUGUGUGUCCUGGCUCACACAUUAGAAUGAUGAGAUAAGGUCCAUUCCAAUCCUUCUACAAUGAAUUUUAGACUUUUUCUACUGUCAUCUCUUUGAAUUUUCUAAUUAAAUUUCUUUUACUUUUU